CAUUAAGUAAUCGAUAAAAGUUAUAAUUAAGGAAUGCAUUAAGAAUUCUUGACUUCUCUGUUAUAAUUAUCAAAUUUUCAAGACUAUUAACUUCUGUCGAUUACUUAAUGAUAAACAUGGUUUGUUAGCGUUACUCUAAAUUAGAAUCUAAUCCUAAAUUUUUGUUAUUGUAUGAAGUUUCUAAAACUAACUAUUUAGGUUUUUGUUAUUUAUAUAGUAACUGAUUACGAAGAUAAACAACUUCGUUUUUUUCUGGUUUAAUGAAUAUUGAAAUCCCAAAAUAGUCACGGAACUCUUGUUUUUCUAGGCUUACAAAAAGACGAAGAAAAAAGAGUUUAGAAGAGAGAGAUCUAAGAAGCUCCAAACAACAAUAAAAAGAAGAAGAAUGUCGUUUUCUGGUUAUAGCUUCGUCGUACUAACAUUAUUCUCCAUUAUCUUAACUCAAAUAUAUGGUUUGGGAAAAGUUGACCCAAUGUAUGAUCUCAAACCGGAAGAAACGCUAGCGAUUCACAACCAGAUUCGAGUCGAUGUCGGGGUGGCUCCGUUGGUAUGGGACGAUAAACUAGCUGCCUACGCACAGAACUACGCUAACGUACGAUCCAAAGACUGCGCCAUGAAGCAUUCAACUGACGGAAUGUACGGCGAGAAUUUAGCCGCAGGGUGGGUCCAACCUUUGGACACAAUGAGCGGUCCGAUUGCGACUAAGUUUUGGUUGACGGAGAAGCCUAAUUACAAUUAUGACACCAACAGAUGUAGUGGUGUGUGUGGGCAUUACACCCAGAUUGUGGCUAAUCAAUCGCAAAGACUUGGUUGUGGUACGGUCAGGUGUCAUAACAAUGAGUAUGUUUGGGUCGUAUGUAACUAUGCUCCUAGGCCAAUGGGUGAUGCGAACACACGUCCGUAUUAAUUAAAUUGUGUGUUUUCUUUUAACGAUGACUAAACAGUAUGGUAAUAUGUGAUUCAGAUAUUGGAGAGUGCGUAUUCGACUUGUUACAAAAAUCAUCUUCAACAUAUAUAUAUUACACUUGCAUAAUAAAUCACCAUGUUCAUUUUCUUGUGCUAAUAUUAUAUAUAUAACUAAUUCAAAUCUAAUACAUAUAUUGAAUUGUAAUUUGCCUUUUCCUUUCAACAAUAUGUGAUUUUGAAACCGAAGAUGAUACAUAAAGGAUACUAGCAGGAACGAUAAAGUAUGAAUCACAUCAAUAUCACCCAAAAAAAAGUUUUUGUCACAAAAUAUUACACAAAAAAAGAAUUUUCAAAACAUUCCUAAAUCCUUUUUUUAUUAUUUGAGGA